AUGGACCUCAACUCGCCAUCAGCAUGGAGCAUCCUGCUCACACAAUGGCUUCUCGUCCAGCUCCUUACAGGAUUAACAAUCGCCUUCUCGCAGCCAUACUCCAAAGUUAGACCGGCUGUCACUGUACUUGUCAUCGCACUCGCCUACUCCUUUCAGACUCAAGUCCACCAGACCCUCGCCGAGACUCGCGCGCGAGGACCCCUAGCCGCCAUGUGCUGGGUCAACGUGCUCAACGCGAUCGACCUGUUAAUGUCGAGCCGGGUCUCGUUCGACGAGCAGAUCGCGUGGAUGACGAAAUGCGGUCAAAGCAAGACUGCAGACAGUAGCUACUGGAGAAGACUCGUCUGGUCCAUCGAAAUGGCCUUCAACUACCGUCGCAUCAACACCCCGUGGCAGAUCCGCGCUGUCCCCGCGUUCGACAGGCACGACCCGGGCUUUGUCCCGGACAAGGUGAAGUUCCUGCGUCAGUGUGCGCUCAGAGUAUGCGGGUCGCUGUUUGUGGUGCAUUUCUGCACCCUCGAUCUGAGGGAUGCUCACCUGGCGGGAAUUCUGUCUGAGAUCUCCGACUCCAAGAAGGUGUUACUCCCUACGUGGGGGGAAUGGACUGCGCGCCGCGCGAUCCUCCAGAUGCUAUUCACCAUUUCUUUUGGGCUCCUCACGCGAGCGGCUAUACUGGGAACGUAUAGCCUCCUCGCGAUGUUCUUCGUCGCGGUGGGCGCGUACGAGCCCGUCGACUGGCCGCCGGUUUUCGGCAACGUGAGCGAUAUGUACUCGUUGACGCGGGUUUGGGGAAUCGCCUGGCAUCAGAUCCUACGUAAACUGGUCACAUCCAAUGCGGAUAUCUUAUUGUACGACUUCCUGAGACUCCCGCACGGGAUUGUUGCCAGGAGCCUCCGGCUGAUCAUGGCGUUUGCCACGUCGGGGUUAGUCCAUUUUUUCACAGAUCAGGGCUUCGGGCUAUCUCUUAACCAGAGCGGAGCGUUGUGGUUCUUCUGUCUGCAGGUCCCGGGCAUCGCGUUGGAGAAUCUGGUGUGGUGGACUUGCCGUGGGAUGAUCAAUAGGAUGGGUUUCCGUUGGAGAAGGGCUAUCGGAUAUGUCUGGGUCAGCCUUUUCUUUCUGUGGGUGACUCCCGUCUGGAUGAACCCCAUUAUCCUGCGAUUGUACCAAGACGGUCAGAAGAUACACGAGGUUCCGCGAUCGACAGAACAAGACGGCAUCAUAUACUGCUAG